ACUUCACCGCUGUUUCGUGAACAAAGCGGUCCGGAAGUGAUUAUAGGAAAACGUCUCCGGUAAAUGCGAAAUGGCACUUUACACGUCUCAAAACUAGUAGAAAUUCGUGAAAUUAUUAAUUCAUAAGGUUAAAAUCAACAUACGUGGUUCCGUAGAUUCAAAAUCGACGCAGAAACGUGUUCUCUCUCCGCUGAAGGCCUAAGAUGGCCCGUUACAGGUAUUUCAUCUUCAAUCAAAAGAGUGUGCUGGUGCUCGGCAUCCUUCAGGUGGCGUGUGCCGGACUCUGCGUGGUGUGCGGGUUCAUAGACGCAGUCUUCCGCAAGAACACUACUUUGAGUGAAACUAGAGCACCACUUUGGGCUGGAUUGAUUAUGGCUGCCCCAGGAGUGCUUUCUCUCUUUGCAUCCCAAAAGAAAAAUCCUGUUCUGGUAAACGUCAUGAUAGUGUCCGCUGUGAUGUCUUUUGUUGCUGUUGUGAUUGUGUUCGUUUACUCUUGCGUCACUCUCAGUUAUGGAGAGGAGGAUGACGAGAUCUUCCAUGCCCAUCCUGUCCCUGAAGUGAGGUUUGUCCUUAGUCGGAUGGUAAAAGGCGCUAAUGUCACACUUCUGAUGGCUUGCACGGGUUCCCUGCUUUUCUCCUCUCUUAUCACAUUUGUUGGCUGCCGCAGCCUUCCGCUCUGCGGCUGCUACAAUUCAGUAAAUGGCAUGGAGUUUCUUGUUCCACAGAAUGACCCUAGUGCUCCAACAGAAUUGAUCUGCACUUGGCAGGGUGGCGAUGAGCGAAUCUUUAACUCUCCCGUGUCCUUCAUGGAUCAGUGUCCAGAUCAGGAACAGCGAGAGAUCUCCACACUUCCGCCUUACAGCAGAAUAGCAUAAUUGCUGACUUUUAAAUGUGUGUCUGUAGUUAUAAGCUGUUUUUAUUCGCUUGCGAGGUAUUUAAUUCAUUAAUUUGUUCCAGUUUGUAAAGUGAUUUUAAUUGUGUUGUCUUUAUUUAUUAUCAGUGCCAUAUACUGUAAAUUUAUAUGAUCUUGUAUUUUACAUUUUAAAUAAAUUGCAGCUACA